GAGAUGAAGAAAUUCACGCCAGGAGGCGGAGCCGCGUCCGCCGCGCGCAAAAACUCCAACAACAACGAGCUGUGGCUCCUGUGCGCCGAGGACUCUCCCCCUCUCAGUGCCGGCGGCACUGCAACCUCUCCGCCGCGCCACAGGGAUGCUGCUGCUGCUGCUGCUGGUGGUUGUGGAGGUGGCUCAGAGUCGGACCACUGGAGCGCAGGGGAUACAGCGUCAGAGACAGCCAUCGGUAUGAUAUGCAACAAAAACGGAGAUUGUAGAAGGGACCCGACCAGCUCAGGGAGCCUCUCCUCCCUCAUCUCCAGGCAGGAGAAGCAGGCAGAUGGAGGAGUAGCGGCGGCAGCGGCAGGAGGACCAGAGGUUCAGGCUGCGAGCAUGGACGCUUCACCGGGGUCCCUGACGCAGGGGGCCGAGGUCAAGACCGGGGCAUCGAUGGAGAAGAAGGACUCCAGAGUUUCUUUCUCCUACGCCCCGACCGGCAAAGGACAGACUCCGAGUCAGCAGUCGAGACAUUCUGUCACGUUCUCCAAAGCGGAGGAUGGUUCUCAGAUAGUUCCGGACGAUGGGGACUCCAGGGGGAAUCAGACGUACAUGCAGCGGCAGUUCAGCUCCAUGCUUCAGCCCGGAGUUAACAAGUUCUCCCUGCGCAUGUUUGGCAGCCAGAAGGCGGUGGAGAAGGAACAGGAGCGCGUCAAAUCAGCGGGUAAUUGGAUUAUCCACCCGUACAGCGACUUCAGGUUCUACUGGGACUUCACCAUGCUGAUGUUCAUGGUGGGCAACCUGAUCAUCAUCCCUGUGGGCAUCACCUUCUUCAAGGACGAGACCACCACGCCCUGGAUCAUCUUCAAUGUGGUUUCCGACACCUUCUUCCUCAUGGACCUGGUUCUCAACUUCAGGACGGGCAUCGUGUUUGAGGACAACACCGAGAUCAUCCUCGAUCCAAAGAAGAUCAAGAAGAAGUACCUGAAGAGCUGGUUCGUGGUGGACUUUGUCUCCUCCAUACCUGUGGAUUAUAUCUUUCUCAUCGUGGAGAAAGGGAUCGACUCGGAGGUUUACAAGACGGCCCGGGCGCUCCGCAUCGUCCGCUUCACAAAGAUCCUCAGUCUGCUGCGUCUGCUGAGGCUCUCCAGACUCAUCCGUUACAUCCACCAGUGGGAGGAGAUCUUCCACAUGACCUAUGACCUGGCCAGCGCUGUGAUGCGAAUAUUCAACCUGAUUGGUAUGAUGCUGCUGCUGUGUCACUGGGACGGCUGUCUCCAGUUCCUCGUUCCAAUGCUGCAGGACUUUCCGUCUGACUGCUGGGUCUCCCUCAACAAGAUGGUGAACGACUCAUGGAGCGAGCUCUAUUCCUUCGCCCUCUUUAAGGCCAUGAGCCACAUGCUGUGUAUUGGAUAUGGAAGACAAGCCCCAGAGAGUAUGUCGGACAUCUGGCUGACCAUGCUGAGUAUGAUCGUAGGAGCCACCUGCUACGCCAUGUUCAUCGGUCAUGCAACUGCGCUCAUCCAGUCUCUGGACUCGUCGAGGCGGCAGUACCAGGAAAAGUACAAACAAGUGGAGCAGUACAUGUCCUUCCACAAACUUCCGGCCGACUUCCGACAGAAAAUCCACGACUACUACGAGCACAGAUACCAGGGCAAGAUGUUUGAUGAGGAGAGCAUCCUGGAGGAGCUCAAUGAGCCUCUGCGUGAGGAAAUCGUCAACUUCAACUGUCGUAAGCUGGUGGCGUCCAUGCCGCUGUUUGCCAACGCCGAUCCCAACUUUGUGACCGCCAUGUUGACCAAACUGAGAUUUGAAGUCUUCCAGCCCAGAGACUACAUCGUCAGAGAGGGCACCAUCGGAAAGAAGAUGUACUUCAUCCAGCACGGCGUGGUCAGCAUCCUGACCAAAGGAAACAUUGGGAUGAAGCUGAUGGAUGGAUCCUACUUUGGAGAGAUCUGCCUGCUGACCCGAGGUAGACGGACGGCUAGCGUACGAGCGGACACCUACUGUCGCCUCUACUCCCUCUCGGUGGACAAUUUCAACGAGGUGCUGGAGGAGUAUCCCAUGAUGAGGAGGGCCUUUGAGACAGUUGCCAUUGACAGACUGGACAGAAUAGGCAAGAAGAACUCCAUCCUGAUGCAUAAAGUUCAACAUGAUCUGAACUCAGGUGUUUUCAACAACCAUGAGAAUGAGAUGAUCCAGGAGAUAGUUAAAUAUGAUCGGGAGAUGGUUCAACAAGUGGAUGUGCCACGACCACGGGCCAUGUCCAUGACACCUUCUCUAAAUAGUGGGAUCUUUACUCCUCCGGGUUCCUCCACCCAGCCUCAAAAUUCAGCAAUUGCCACUUUGCAGCAGGCAGUCGCCAUGAACUUUUGUCCCCCAAUGCAGGGGAACUCAGUGGGAGCAGGGAACCUGCAGUCCCCAAGGAUGGUGAGGAGAUUCCAGGUGGUGCAAAGUGUAUCCAGCCCUGUCUCAGCCUCUCCCCUGCAGUCUCAGCUCCUUGCUUCUGGUGCCUUUGCUCCGGUCCUGUCAAGCCCCCCUGUCCAGAGCCCGCUGGCUGUUGGAGGACGGUCAUUCCAUUAUGGGUCCAGUGCAAUGGCAGGUCCCACCUCAGGCUCCCAGCUUUCACUAGCCCAGCAGCACAUAGCCAGCCCUGCACACCGGCUCAGCACACAUAAGAGCACCCAUUCCUUGCAAAUGGGCAGUCUGAGCCAAGAUGCCAGAGCACUGUCAGUCUCUCAGCCCUCACUGCCUCAUGAGGGGGUACAACCAGGUGCCCCUAGUCCACCCCAUUCUACACGAGUCUCCUCUACUUCCAUUGGACCCCAUCAGACCCCAUCAGGUCACACAGGCGUUCGGUGUGCUAUACCACAAAGAGUGGUACUGCCCCACCAAAUGUCUGUGGGGACAUUCCCUGUAGCAUCGUUGCCUGGUUCUGCACAGAGUUUUGGGGCUGUUGCAGGACUGGCAGUAGGGGGUGUGGGAAUAGGUCAGGGAGACUCAGGACAACCCAAGAAGGACUCUAUUGUGAGCCUUCCUGAGACAGACCACAUCAAAGUUAGAUCCAGGUUAUCAUCAAACUUGUGA